AACAGGCCCAAGCAGCCAAGCUCCCUCUAUAUAAAGAGCAGAGAGUAGGCAAGCGAAGACCCAACAUCUAAUCAUUGAUACACACUAGCAGAGAGUUCGCCAGCCAGCCAACUUAUUCAGCCGAUCUCUCGCUCGCUCGCCGCCGGAAGCCAUGGAGGACGCCCUCAUGAUCUCGCCGGAGCUCAGGGACGUGCUGGCCAAGGUGGCCGCGUUCCUGCUCGUCCAGGGGCUGGUCUACCUCAUCCUCACCAACUCCUCCGACGUCUUCUCCAAGAACAAGAUCCUCAGGUCCCUCAGCUUCAGGACCAUGCGCUCCAUGAGCGUGCGCCGCCUCCUCGCGCCGCUCUCCGACGUACCCGUCGGCACCGACGACCUGGGCUCCGAGCCGCCUUCGCCGUCGUAUUUUUCGAGGUCGUGGUCGUCGCGCCGCGGGGGUAUGCGCGAGGACUAGGAUAGGACGUCCCUGGAGCGGGUGCUAAAGUUAGUUCUGACGGAUGAGUAGUUCUGGACAGUCAUGGGAUUGCUAUUUGGGGUUUGAGAUUUCAGAAUGAUAUCUGAACUCUCGCGUAAAUUAGAGUAGGUUGGUCUUGUAAAUAUGUUCAUUGAGUAUUUGAGCUGAAUUGAUUAUUUGAACCAAUACAAAUUGUCUGCUUUAGCGAUUGUGGAUUGGUUAGUUCUUCAA